AUGAAGCCCAACAGGGGGACGAAAAGACCCCGCGACGAGGAAGAGGAGGAGAUCAAAGCCCGGCGGAAGCAAGUCGGCUCGCGGGAGCGCACUCGGCAUCGGGAGGAGGAUGUCGCGGCUUUGGAGGAAGCUGACGAUGAGAAGAAGAAACUCCUUCAGAUAAUGGACAAAGAGGGAGAGGAGGAGGAGGAGGAGGAGGAACCGCUGGAUGAAAGCUCAGUGAAGAAGAUGAUUCUUACUUUUGAGAAGAGGUCUUACAAAAACCAAGAGCUGCGGAUCAAAUUCCCAGACAACCCAGAGAAGUUUAUGGAGUCUGAACUGGAUUUAAAUGACAUCAUUCAGGAAAUGCAUGUGAUUGCGACCAUGCCAGACCUGUAUCACCUGCUGGUGGAGCUGAAUGCUGUGCAGUCCCUCCUGGGGCUUCUGGGCCACGACAACACCGAUGUGUCCAUAGCUGUGGUGGAUCUGCUUCAAGAACUGACUGAUAUAGAUACGCUCCAUGAAAGUGAAGAGGGAGCCGAGGUCCUCAUAGAUGCUCUGGUGGACGGCCAGGUUGUGGCGUUGCUGGUCCAGAAUUUGGAGCGCCUGGAUGAAGGUGUGAAAGAGGAGGCGGAUGGAGUCCACAACACACUCGCAAUUGUGGAGAACAUGGCGGAGUUCCGGCCGGAGAUGUGCACCGAAGCCGCGCAGCAGGGCCUCCUGCAGUGGUUGCUCAAGCGGCUAAAGGCGAAGAUGCCUUUUGACGCCAACAAGCUGUACUGCAGUGAGGUGCUGGCUAUUCUGCUCCAGAACAACGACGACAACAGGGAAUUGCUUGGGGAGCUGGACGGGAUCGAUGUGCUGCUUCAGCAGUUAUCGGUUUUCAAACGACACAACCCCGGCACCGCAGAGGAACAGGAGAUGAUGGAAAACCUGUUUGACUCUCUCUGCUCCUGCCUGAUGCUCAGCUCCAACCGCGAUCGCUUCCUGAAGGGGGAGGGGCUGCAGCUGAUGAACCUCAUGCUCAGAGAGAAGAAGGUCUCUCGCAGCAGUGCCCUGAAGGUAUUGGACCAUGCCAUGAUUGGACCCGAGGGCACGGACAACUGUCACAAGUUUGUCGACAUCCUCGGCCUGAGGACCAUCUUCCCACUCUUCAUGAAAUCCCCGAAGAAGAUCAAGAAAGUUGGAACCAGUGAAAAGGAACAUGAAGAGCAUGUCUGCUCCAUCCUGGCCUCCCUGCUGCGGAAUCUGAGAGGACAGCAGAGGACGCGGCUGCUGAACAAAUUCACCGAGAACGACAGCGAGAAGGUGGAUCGGCUGAUGGAACUGUAUUUUAAAUACCUGGAUGCGAUGCAAGUGGCCGACAAGAAGAUUGAAGGAGAGAAACAUGACAUGGUGCGUCGGGGAGAGAUCAUCGACGAUGACACGGAGGAUGAGUUCUACCUCCGUCGCCUAGACGCUGGCCUCUUCGUGCUCCAGCUCAUCUGUUACAUCAUGGCAGAGAUCUGCAGUGCCAGCGUCCCCCAGAUCCGCCAGAGAGUCCAUCAGAUCCUGAACAUGAGAGGCAGCUCCAUCAAGAUCGUUUGGCACAUCUUGAAGGAGUACGCGGAGAACAUCGGGGACGGGAAGAACCAGGAGUUUCGGGAGAGCGAGCAGAAGCGGAUCCUGGACCUGCUGGAGAAUUUCUGAGGGCCUCGGACCCGGCCUCGGCAUCCUGCCCGGAGGACGCGGCCGGUGUCACCGUGCCCCUGCUCAGCCCGCCGGCCCGGAAGUGACUUUUAUAGGACGCCAGCCCUUGCUGGGGAGGUUCAGAUAUUAAAGUUAAUUUUUGUA